AUGGUGUCCUCGACAAAACCAAGAAGUGCAGCAGAGCUGCCCCGGAAUCGCAGCGUUUCUGAUCGUCCUGACCGUAACGCCAUGUUGCGAGGCGUCGACGCAAAAUUUGGGAACCUGCUGCUCGACGAUAUGUUGGACAAGACGGGUGUUACGCUGAAUGAUGUUUACGGUUGUGAUUCUGCUAAGCAAGCACUGGAAGAAGCCGUCAUUUUUCCUGCGUUGAACCCAUCCCUGUUCAGUGGUUUGCGACGGCCGGUCAAAGGAAUUCUGCUGUUCGGACCUCCUGGAAAUGGGAAAACACUGCUCGCGAAAGCAUUGGCAACCGAGUCGAACCAAACUUUUUUCAACAUAUCUGCAUCUGCUCUUACUUCUAAAUGGGUUGGAGACGCUGAGAAGACUGUGAAGGCGCUCUUCCAAAUUGCCCGCAAUGCCCAGCCAUCGAUCGUUUUUGUCGAUGAGAUCGAUUCAGUUCUCUGCGAGCGAAACGAGAAGGAAAGUGAUGGAAGCCGUCGGUUGAAAACCGAAUUUCUGAUUCAGUUUGACGGCGCCUCAACGUCUGAUGAUGACCGUUUGCAGGUCUCCGACUUUGAAGAGGCCUUGCAAGUCAUCAAGCCGUCCACCAAUCCGCAUCAGCUCGAGUUGAUGAAGACAUUUGCCGCGCGAUGUGGGCAAGCG